AUUCAUCGUAAAAUAUGCUAUGUGUAGUUAGUACAGUUUCUUAGAUUUCGGUAAAAUCUACGUCACUAGUACUACCGGAUCGUUAGAACACGUGGCUAUGUCAAUUGUGUGGGAGAAAAUUGGAUGGCAACGAUUGUAUACUGUUAAGAACGCUUAUUGCAAAGAUUUGGAUGGGAGCAGCAUCGUUAAAUGAUCCGACGCAGACCCGGCCUAGCUAGACUGAAAAAUCCCACGAGCCAGGUGUUUCAGCGGGUGAAGCGCGAUAAUGUAAUAACUGCAAUUCCUAUUGUCUACGCUUGAUCGCUGCACUUUGUCGUGCGGAAUUGGGGAGAUGAUGUGGCUGGAGAACACAUGUUCUCGAGGUUGGUUUGGAGGGGAAGGGUGGCAAGGUCUAAUAGUAAGCUUAAAUUGUGUGAUAACAAAGCCAGCUGGAAUAGUAGGUGCAAGCUAAAACAAACGCCCAGGGCAACCGAACGCGCUUCCGUACACAACGGUACGUACACAUACACGUAUGUCUCCAUGAGCUAGCGAACGAUGAAGCCACAUGUUACCAGCAAACAAUUCUGGCGUACGCGCUAGUGAUGCGACUACUAACUACCGCUACCGUUCGUAUGGCGAGCUUAGCGCGAGAGUGCGCCAGUGAUCGUCGAUCUGGGAAGGGGCUAGCUAGUGUUUAUGCUCCAGUGGGGGUAGCGUUCUGGUGACGUGCGAUGACAAUAACGGUCACGACAACGGCAAUGCUACACGGGGCGCAAGCUAAACCUUCCCGCGCUGGAUUCGUUACUGUGUGGAAGUGCGCGAGUAUUGUGCUUUUUAUCAUUCACCGUAGCGAGUCAGUUUUUCCAAUUGAUAAAUUCUCUAAUGCGACAAUCUGCUCUGGUGGUGGGCUGCAUGAAUUUAGUCGUAUUACGACAGCGACACCGUGCAGUAGUAAGUGAUCGCGUUGUUCUUAACUUAAACCAACCGAGUAGAGAUCGCUGUGUCCGGUGUUUGCACAUUCGCGAAAGGGAUUAUCGUGAAGCAAUCAUCGUCACCACAUACGAUCAAUGAAUGAUCGAAUAUGUUUCAUGUAUUCUUGCGAAUAUUGUUUGUGUAAUAAGAAACUGUUACUGAUUAUUCAUUUACCUUUCGUGUGCAGUGGUGUAAACUUAUUGCGUAAAGGAUAGAGCAAGUGUCGAGAUCGUCGCAUGGUUUGUGAAAGUGUAGACGAAAAAGAAGGGAGAGAUUCAGUUAAUCCACAUAUCGCGCGCAUCAACCUGCACUUACUUACUACUAAAGGAUCCUGAAGAAAAACUAAAAAUUUCUUUCCAGAAUGAGGAACCUACAGCCUCCGAAAGGUAGCGAAAAAGUUGCUGAUGAGUUGAAGAUGAAAGAAAAGAAAAGUCCGUCCUCAUUGCGGGAAAGGUAUCUGUACUUUAAACGCAACAUAACCGUCGAACCGAUGCUGGCCUGCUACAUCAUGCCGAGCGUUUUGGCUGGAUUGGCGACGCAGAACCUCAACCUGGAGAAAGCUUGUCGGGUGAAUCUCGGCUACGGAGACGUAAUCUGCGAUGCAUUGACCCGCCGUGACACAGCAAACUACACGCACGAGGAAGAGAUGGUGCAGCAUCUGGUGGCACGAAUGGCGGGCUGGAAGACGGUGCUGCAGAGCGCAUUGCCCUGCAUGUUGAUACUGUUUUGGGGUUCAUGGAGCGAUCGCCAUGGUCGGCGGAAGCCGUGCAUGUUGAUACCGAUCAUUGGUGAGUUUAUGACGGCGAUCGGGUUGAUUCUGUGCACGUACUUCAAGUCUGUUCCGAUGGAGGUGGCCGGUAUAACGGAAGCUCUGUUCCCUGCCCUAACGGGCGGCUGGUUUACGAUGUUCAUGGGCGUCUUCAGCUACAUUGCUGACGUGACCACGACCGAGGAGCGCACGCUGCGUAUUGGAAUAGUGAACUUGUGCUUUUCGUUGGGCGUCCCUAUUGGAAUGGCCUUCAGCGGAAUCCUUUUGAAACAAAUUGGGUUCUACGGAGUGUUUUCGAUAUCGGCCUCACUCUACCUGGUAGCGUUCUUCUACGGCGUGUUCGUGGUAAAAGAGGUGGACAUACUGAACGAGAAGCAGCGGCUGCGAGCCCAGGAGAAGGGACUGCUGGCCGAUUUCUUUGAUCGGGAGCACGUGAUGGAAACAUUCCGGGUAGCAUUUAAAAUUGGCGAACGUCAGCGUCGUCUCCGUGUGAUCAUGCUGAUGAUAGUGGUCAUGGUCGUGAUUGGGCCCCUGCACGGAGAGAUGGCGGUAAUUUAUCUAUUCACACGCUACCGGUUCAACUGGAGUGAGGUCGAGUUUAGCUUCUUCUCUACGUACGGCAUGCUGACCGGGCUGAUUGGGACGUUAUUUUCUGUAGGUGUUUUUUCCCAUUUGCUCAAAAUAGACGACGCACUGAUAGGCGUUAUGUCAUGCAUGUCAAAGAUACUAUCUAGCUUCGUGUAUGCAUUCGCUGUUACCACCUGGCAGCUGUAUCUGGGCCCCAUUGUUGAAAUGCUUAACGGCACGUCCUUCAUUUCAAUGCGUUCGAUCGCUUCUAAACUCGUCGCCAGCGAUGAACUGGGCAAAGUGAAUUCAUUGUUCGGUGUGGCCGAAGCGUUGAUGCCGCUAGUGUACGCGCCCCUCUACACGACAGUCUACACACUGUCGAUAAAUGUUCUGCCGGGAGCAUUUUUCCUGCUAGGUGGCGCUCUCACCUCGCCGGCAGUAGUGAUUUUCCUCUGGAUGUAUCGCGUGCAUAGGCGUGAAGCUCGUGAGCUUGCCGAGGAGAAACGCAUCGAGGAUAAGUAUCGGCAACUGGGCGAUAGUGGCGAAAGCAACGGGUGCCGCACGAUCGUGACGGAGCAAGCGGAUCGCAGGCAAAAAAUACCAGACUAUGGCACGGGGAUCGCUAAUGCUGCCUUUGAGGAGGAGAAUAUCGGAGCAGGAAAGGUCCCAACGGCGACAGUCGACCAAUCGAAGCUGUGAUAUUCCAUCGAUACAAAACGAAACAGAUGUAGAUGUAGAUAGUAUGUGUGUAAAUACAAUCAAAGAGUAAUGUACUAAAAA